AUGACCCACCAGGAUGAGGAUCGCGAUGCCAUAGAGGCCAGUCCUUCGAACAGCAGCGAGGAAAACGGACCUCAACCUGGGACAGAAACUCCUUUGAGAAACAAGCGCGAUGGGCUGGUGUUCGACUUCAUCCGCCCAGAGGAACUGGCUGAACUGGCUCGCAUCGCAUCGACGUUCCCUCUACGCCGUGCCUCCGAUUCUGGCGUCUCAGGAAUGGCAGAUGCCGAACGCAAAGAUACAUUACAAGAUGUCGAGCUGGGAGAUCCAGUUUUGGAUCCAACCUCUAAUCAGUUUGACCAUUACAAAUGGGCUCGCAUGAUGUUGAAGCUGAUGGAUAAGGAGGGAGUCCCUGUGCGGAAGUCGACGGGCGUGGUCUGGCAAGAUCUCAACAUUUCCGGGUCUGGGUCUGCACUUCAGUACCAGAAGAAUGUUGGUUCAGUUGCCUUGGCUCCCAUUCGGCCCCAGGACUACAUCUCAUGCGGAAACCGCACACCCCAGAAGCGCAUCCUGCGCAAUUUCGACGGGGUUUUGAAGAGCCAUGAGCUUUUAAUUGUUCUGGGAAGACCCGGGUCUGGCUGCUCCACCUUUCUCAAGACUAUAUCCGGUGAGCUGCAUGGACUUAAGCUUGGGAAGAGCUCCGACGUCCAGUACAACGGUAUUCCGAUGGAGAAGAUGCACAAAGAGUUCAAGGGAGAGGUUUUGUACAACCAGGAGGUCGACAAACAUUUCCCUCAUCUCACCGUUGGGCAAACUCUUGAGUUUGCGGCCGCUGCUAGGACUCCUGAGAAUCGGCUGAAUGGUAUCAGCCGUAUCCGCUAUGCGAAGCAUAUCACCCAAGUGGCCAUGGCAGUGUUGGGAUUGAGUCACACGUACAACACCAAAGUUGGUGAUGAUUAUAUUCGCGGUGUAUCUGGAGGAGAGCGAAAGCGAGUCAGUAUCGCAGAGAUGGCACUCUCCGGUGCUCCCGUGGGUGCAUGGGACAACAGCACUAGAGGCUUGGAUUCCGCAAGUGCUUUGGAGUUCACCAAAUCCCUUAGAGUCUCGGCAGACUUGAGUGGAAGCUGCCAUGCGGUCGCAAUCUAUCAAGCUUCCCAGGCAAUAUACGAUAUUUUCAACAAAGUGAUCGUCCUUUAUGAAGGCAGACAGAUUUUCUUUGGCCCUUGUGAUCAAGCGAAAGAUUACUUUUUGGAAAUGGGGUGGGAAUGUCCAGCACGCCAAACAGUCGGCGACUUCCUGACCUCCGUGACGAAUCCGCAGGAGCGCAAAGCUCGCGAUGGCAUGGAAAGCAAAGUUCCUCGCACACCGGACGACUUUGAGAAAUAUUGGAAGAACAGUCCUCAUCACGCCGCUCUCCAGAAAGAGAUUGGGGAAUACAGAGAGGAGUUUCCGGUGGGCGGAUCCGCUGGGAAGGAUUUCAAUGCAACGAAAAGAUUGCGACAGGCAAAGCAUGUUCGCCCGAAGAGUCCCUAUGUCAUUUCGAUCCCCAUGCAGGUCAAGCUAUGUACGAAGCGAGCUUAUCAACGAAUUUGGAACGACAAGCCUUCUACCUUGACCACCGUGAUUGGGCGCAUAGUGAUGGCCUUGAUCAUCGGGUCAAUCUAUUUCGGCACACCUCAUGCAUCUGCAGGAUUCCAAAGUAAAGGAGCUGCGCUUUUCUUCUCAGUCCUUAUGAAUGCUUUGAUCAGUAUCACAGAGAUCAACUCUCUGUAUGACCAACGCCCGAUCAUCGAAAAGCAAGCGUCCUACGCGUUCGUUCACCCGUUUACAGAGUCACUGGGAGGCAUAGUAGCAGAUAUACCCGUCAAAUUUGCGGCUGCAAUAGUUUUUAACAUCAUCUUCUACUUCUUGGCAGGAUUGCGAUAUGAACCUUCUCAAUUCUUCAUCUUCUUCCUGUUCACUUUCUUGAGCACACUGGCAAUGUCAGGUGUCUUCCGAACCCUAGCCGCAUCCACGAAAACACUCUCGCAGGCCAUGUCCAUGGCCGGAGUGAUGGUUCUAGCAAUCAUCAUCUACACUGGAUUUGUGAUCACAGUACCGGAGAUGAGCAAUAUCCCCUGGUUUAGCUGGAUCCGAUGGAUCAACCCAGUCUUUUAUACCUUUGAAGCUCUGGUUGCAAACGAAUUCCACGGCCGUCGGUUUGAAUGUUCUCAAUUCAUUCCCGGAUACCCCAGUCUCACUGGAGAUUCUUUCAUCUGUGCGGUGCGAGGUGCUGUGGCGGGAGAGAGGACUGUGUCUGGUGAUGCCUAUAUUCAAAGCCAGUACACAUACACCUACGCACACGAGUGGCGAAACCUCGGGAUCUUAAUUGGAUUUUGGAUCUUUUUCAUGGCCAUCUAUUUGCUUGCCUCUGAGCUCAACUCGUCUACUUCUUCCAAGGCCGAGUUUCUUGUCUUCCGACGUGGUCAUGUUCCAGCACAACUUCGACAUUUGGAAAAAGGAACAGGUGGCCCCGACUCGGCGGAGACUGGCCAGACAGAAAAGAAGCAGACAGAAAAGAAACCACAGAAUGACAAGGAGGAAUCGGCUAUUCCGGCGCAACACGACAUUUUUACAUGGAGAAAUGUCUGCUAUGAUAUCCCAGUCAAGGGUGGGGAGCGUCGUCUCUUGGAUAACGUCUCCGGUUGGGUCAAACCAGGUACCUUGACAGCUUUGAUGGGUGUUUCUGGCGCAGGAAAGACAACCCUGCUUGAUGUUUUGGCCAAGCGUGUUUCGAUUGGAGUCGUCACGGGGGAUAUGCUUGUCAAUGGUAAACCAUUAGACAACAGUUUCCAGCGGAAAACAGGCUAUGUUCAGCAGCAAGACUUACAUCUUCCAACCACUACUGUCAGAGAAGCACUCCGAUUCAGUGCUAUGCUGCGCCAGGCAAAGACCAUUUCGAAGAAAGACAAAUACAAGUAUGUCGAAGAAGUGAUUGACAUGCUUGGCAUGCAAGACUUCGCGGAUGCUAUUGUUGGAACACCGGGAGAAGGCUUGAACGUCGAGCAGAGGAAGCUUCUGACCAUCGGUGUUGAGCUGGCAGCUAAGCCUGCACUUCUCAUCUUCCUUGAUGAGCCUACCAGUGGAUUGGACUCGCAGAGCUCCUGGGCUAUUUGUGCCUUCUUACGAAAGCUCGCCGAGCAUGGGCAGGCGGUUUUGUCCACAAUCCACCAACCGAGUGCAUUACUCUUCCAACAAUUUGAUCGUCUACUUUUCCUUGCCAAGGGGGGUAGAACUGUCUAUUUCGGAGACAUUGGGGACCAGUCCCGGGUGCUAUUGGAUUAUUUCGAGGGCAACGGGGCCAGGGUCUGCGACUCAUCGGAAAAUCCUGCUGAAUACAUGCUGGAGAUUAUCGGUGCAGGUGCCUCCGGGAAGUCCACGCAGGACUGGCCCCAGGUGUGGAACCAGAGCCAACAGGCCAAAGGUGUCCAAGCUGAAAUCGACCGAAUUCACGACGAGCGAGCUUCCACAGGCAUCAGCGACGAGGAGAAGUCUCAACAGGGUGAAUAUGCAAUGCCAUUCACUGCACAGCUAUGGCUUGUCACCCACCGAUCUUUCCAAGCCUUCUGGCGAGAGCCAUCAUACGUAUGGGCCAAGAUCAUGUUGGGAACAAUGUCCUCUCUCUUCAUUGGAUUCACAUUCUUCAAGCCUGACAGCUCCCUACAAGGAUUCCAAGAUGUUUUGUUCAGCGCCUUUAUGCUGACAUCGAUCUUCUCGACCUUAGUUCAACAGAUCAUGCCAAAGUUUGUAGUCCAACGGUCCCUCUACGAGGUUCGUGAACGGCCUUCAAAGGCCUACUCCUGGGGCGCCUUCCUCAUAGCAAAUGUCAUUGUCGAACUUCCAUACCAAGUCUUUGUCGGAGUUAUCAGUUGGGCUUGCUACUACUACCCAAUUUACGGCUCAGAGCAAGCGUCCCAUCGGCAAGGCCUGAUGCUGUUGUUCGUGGUACAGUUCUACAUUUUUACGUCCACAUUUGCAUCACUCGUAAUAUCCUCGCUGCCGGACGCCGAAACAGGUGGAACAAUCGCCACGCUGAUGUUCAUCAUGACGCUGACGUUCAACGGUGUCAUGCAACCGCCCUCGGCUCUGCCUGGAUUCUGGAUAUUCAUGUACCGUGCCUCUCCAUUGACAUAUCUGAUUGCAGGAAUCACCGCAACGGGGUUGCAUGGUCGCGCAAUCCAAUGCGCAGCAGCGGAGCUGAGCGUUUUCAACCCCCCUGCUGGGCUAACGUGCGGUGCAUACCUUGACCCGUAUGUCAAGGCCGCCGGUGGACAAUUGUAUAAUCCAACUGCUACAAGUGGGUGUGAGUACUGUCAACUUCAGAAUGCGGAUCAGUAUUUAUCUUCGAGUAAUAUCUUCUACAGCGAGCGUUGGCGUAACUUUGGCCUUGGGUGGGUAUACAUUGGGUUCAAUGUGGCGGGUACCGUUUUACUCUACUACAUGUUCCGUGUCAAGCAUUACAAUCCUACUUCGUUGGUGCGUGGGAUUGGAAAGGGUGCGUCCUUCCUAUGCCGUGUCUUCAAGAGGCGAUCUGGGCAGACACCAAAGGGCAAAGAGGCCGAUAAUGGUCGACUGGUUUGA